AACGACAAUUCUUUCUUAAUGAUCCAGCCUAUCAUGAUAUGGCAGAUCGAAUGGGUGUACCCUAUUUACAACGUACACUCAGUAUUCAACUUACCGAACACAUUCUCAAAUGUCUACCAGAACUAAAACGAGAAUUACAAGCACGUCAUCGUGAUUUAGCUAAAGAAGUAUCCGAAUAUCGUACAUCAGCUAUGGUCGAAGGUUCUGGUUUUGAUACAAAAGCUUUAGUAGUAUUGACACAUGAAUUACAAGAAGAUUUUGAUGCUGCAAUCAAAGGAACUAAUUUGAAAGAUUCUGAUUUGAAAACAUUGACAGGUGGAGCUCGUAUUGCUACGAUUUUUAAAUAUCGUUUUCCAUCGGAAUUGGCUAAAGUCGAUCUUCAAGAUAAAGAUAUGCGUAAUCACUUAGUUUUAGCCAUAAAAAAUAUUCGUGGUUUUCGAGCUGGUAUAUUUACACCAGACGAAGCAUUCGAAUACAUUGUUCAAAUGCAAAUAGCUAAAUUCGAAGAGCCAGUAUUGACAUGUGUCGAUAUGGUUGUUACUGAAUUGAAAAAAAUUAUUCAUGAAGUAACAAAUAAACUGAAACGUUAUCCACUCUUGCAACGAGUCAUCGAAGAAUUAUUGACACAAUAUUUAAAAGAACGUGAAAUUGCUACAAAACAAGCUUGUACUCUUUAUGUUCAUACACAAUUAUCAUAUAUUAAUACAACUAAUGAAGAAUUUAUCGGAUUUGCUAAUGCACAAAAAUCGGUCAACGCAAGUGAGAUAAAUCGACAUAUUACUAGUCAAAUCAUUCGUAAAGGUUUUCUUCGUAUGCAUACCAAUGCAAAAUUAUUUCAAGCUAAAGAAUAUUUCUUCGUUCUAUCAACAGAUAGUCUAUCUUGGUUUAGUGAUUCUGAUGAACGAGAGAAAAAAUAUAUGUUACAAUUGGAGAAUCUUAAACUACGUGAUACUGACAGUGGCUUUAUGGCUAAACGAUCACAAUUUGCUUUAUACAAUACAGAAGGAAGAAAUGUUUAUAAAGAACAUAGAAUGCUCGAACUUUCUGCUGAAAAUAAAGAAGAUAUGGAGAAUUGGAAAGAAGCAUUUUCUCGUGCUGGUAUCUUUUCUGAACGUGGACAACGUGUCGAGGCUAGUACAACAUCGGCAGAUGCCAGUUCCGGUGAUCCACACAUGGAACGUCAAGUGGAAACUAUCAGUAUUUUGGUAGCAUCUUAUAUGAAAAUUGUAGCAAAAAUGACACGUGAUUUCAUUCCGAAAACGAUCGUGUGUAAUGUUGUACAAGAACUACGAAAAUAUAUUUCAAGAGAAUUGUUAGCCAAUCUCUAUGCUAUUCCAAAUUCGAAAUCACUCUUACAAGAAUCAGCUGAAGAACGACAACGUCGUGAAGCGAAAAUUGCCGAAUUUGAAGCGGUGAAAAGUGCACUGAAUAUCAUAGAAAAUUUUCAUAUCAAUACACGUCAAUUAUCUACAACUAUUGUGACAACAUCAACAGCAACUACUAAUUUCUCGAACAUCACAAUGAAUAAUCAUUUUGAACAAUCAUCAAAUUCGUCGAAAAAUUUAGUUGACACUUCAUUUGGUGUUAAUAGUAACCGUUUUACUACACCUAAUCCGUUGAGCCCUUCUUACAUAAACGGCUCAAAGACGCCACCAUUGUCCAUAGUAGCUCAACGUCCACUGCCACCUGUUCCGCCGCGAUGA